AUGACUCAGAAUCUGGCAGCUUGUGUAGAUUGUAUCAUGCUGUACGGCCUCGCCAGGAUGCUCCGGCGCAGUGUCACCGUUUGCCGCCAUGCCACUGGGGUGCAGACUGAGCAACACUUCUCUGUCGCCCACCGCUGUCUGAGCAGCCAACCCAGAGACUACGCUCUGCCCAACUCCACCUGGAGUCACCACACAAAGGAACUCUACGACAAGUUUAUGACGCUCAGCAAAGACGGGAGCUGGAAGCCCCUCCCCUCAUACGACACGACCAUUCAUCACAGAGAUGGUAUGUGGCCGGAGACAGACAGGAAAAGUCGCCUCUUCACAAGGAACAUUGACAAAGAUGGAGUCGGCUUUGAGUACUGUAUGUUCUAUAAUAAGGCGGAGAAGAGGAUCGUCUGCAUAUUCCAGCCUGGGCCCUAUCUGGAGGGCCCCCCAGGCUACACACACGGCGGAUGCAUCGCCACCAUCAUAGACAUCACAGCAGGGACCGGAGCCGUAUAUAGCUGUGGAUCGGUUCUGACAGCCAACCUGAACGUCAACUAUCGGAAUCCAAUUCCAUUGGGAUCUACGGUCAUUAUAGACAGCCGAGUGGAGAAGGAAGAGGGCCGGAAAGUCUACUUAAGCUGCCAAAUUCGCAGUCAUGAUGAUGCUGUGCUGCACAAUGAGGCCACAGGUUUGUUCAUUAGGAUAAACUCGGGAGAACCUCAAGUAGACAGCCUGAAAAUCUACACAAGCUUCCAGAUUCGCAGUCAUGAUGAUGAUGAUGAUGCUGUGCUGCACACCGAGGCCACAGGCAUCAUGCUGCACGAUGUCGCCAGGAAGCUCCGGGGCACCAGCGCUGUUUUCCACCACACCGCCGGGGAGCAUACCGAGCACCACUUCUCUGUCACCCACCGCUGUCUGAGCCAACCCAGCCAACCCAGAGACUACGCUCUGCCCAACUCCAACUGGAGUCACCACACAAAGGAACUCUACGACAAGUUUAUGACGCUCAGCAAAGAUGGGAGCUGGACGUCACUUCCCUCAUACAACAAGCCCGUUCAUCUCAGAGAUGAUAUGUGGCCGGAGGCAGAAAGGAAAACUCGCUUCUUCCUCAGGAACACUGACGAGGAUGGAGUCGGCUUUGAGUACUGUAUGUUCUAUAAUGAGGCUGAGAAGAGGACAGUCUGCAUAUUCCAACCUGGGCCCUAUCUGGAGGGCCCCGAAGGCCGCACACAUGGCGGAUGCAUAGCCACCAUCAUAGAUGCCACAAUGGGGACCGGAACGGCGUUGAGCUGCGGACGGGCUAUGACGGCCAACCUGAACAUCAACUAUCGGAAUCCAAUCCCAUUGGGAUCUACAGUCAUUGUAGACAGCCGGGUGGAGAAGGUAGAGGGCCGGAAAAUCUACUUAAGUUGCCAAAUUCGCAGUCGUGAUGAUGCUGUGCUGCACACUGAGGCCACAGGUUUGUUCAUUAGAGUAGCCUUGGGAGAAUCUGAAGCCAAACUAUAAACUCUUUUACAUACGGACACCUGGAA